GACAAAUCAGAUGUGCUCAAGGAUAGAGCUGAUAUAAAUAUAUUGAAGAGAGAAAAAAUGGAAUCAGAAAAGUCAUCAUCAUCACCAAAUCCAGAACUGAAAGAACCAUGGAGGAAAUUUGACUGGGGACAGAAAGAAGACCUAAAAAAAAAGCUGGAAAACUUUUGUCUGAGUCAUGAUGAAGUAAACGACAUCAAGAUCCUGGUAGCUGGACCGAUUGGAGCAGGAAAGUCCAGCUUUAUUAACUCACUCGAUAGCACCUUUCUGGGACGGAUCUCCUCUAGAGCACUAGUUAAUUCAACUGCUUCUGAUCAUAGUUUCACUAAAAAUCUCAAAGGAUUCUCCAUCAGAAGUGGGGAAAAAACAUUGCCCUUCAUCUUCAAAGACAUUAUGGGAUUGGAACCUGAUGCAUUUAAAGGGUCGCAAACAGAAGAUAUCAUCAGUGCUGUGUAUGGUCAUGUGACGGACGGCUAUAAAUUUAACGAAGAAGAGCCACUCAAUUUUAAGGAUAAACAAUUCAACCAAAACCCCAACCUCUCCGACCAGUGUUUCUGCCUGGUUUACGUCCUACCUGCAGAUGUAUUCCAAUAUGCAGAUAAUCGUCUUAUUGACAAGCUGAGGAUCAUCCGCAAGAGAAUCAGUGAUAAGGGGAUUCCUCAAGUGAUUGUCAUGACUAAAAUGGACGAAGCAUGUCCACUGGUCCAGAAAGAUCUGAGGAAGAUGUACACUAGCAAGAAAAUCAAGGAGAAGAUGGAGUGGUGCAGUGCUAAAUUAGGUGUGCCAAUGACAAACAUAUUCCCUGUGAAGAACUACCACAAUGAGAUCGACACAGAUGACAACAUUGACGUUCUGUUACUAAAGGCUCUUGAACAGAUUAUUCAGCUUGCUGAUGAUCGAUUGCUGGGUAGUUAUAGCUAUUGAGAGCUAUUGAUAGUUAGUGGGAAAAAGAAAAUAAUUUCUGAAUUUCCUAGUGUAGCUU